AUGCCAGAGACUUCCCCUGCACCCCAUGGAGAAUCAAGCACCUUGCAAGGAUCAGCCGCCCAGCAGUUAAAUAGAUCCUGCGAGUCUUGUCGAAGUCUCAAGGUCCGCUGCCUCCCCAGCCCAUCCACGCCAAAUCAAUGCCAGCGAUGCGCGAAGGGCAAGCGACCAUGCGUUUUCGUGGCGCCGCAGAGACGGCGGCCCCGGAAACGGACAGAUUCGCGCGUCGCUCAGCUCGAGAAGGAGAUGCAGAUGAUGCGCUCACUGUUGAGAAAUCACAUCCCCGGAGAAGAACCAGGCUCUAGCGAUGAAAGCGACAGGGACGAUGUACAGGAUCGUGAUUCGGCCGAUGCCGAUUUUAAGACCAACAUUGCCUUACGGGAGAACUCGGCUCAUUCGUCCGAGGAUGUCCGUUCUAUGGGUUAUUCCCCUGAACUACUGAUCACCCCGCACCCCAGCAUGCCUGAUGGUGGUGGCUUUUCGGCACCGCCGACUUUUUCGGGUAUGCCAGCUGGCUUUGUGCCGGAGCAUGAGAGGAUUCCUCCGGCGGACGACGUGAUCGACCGGGGGAUUCUGUCCCUCGAAGAUGCGGAGCAGUUGGUGGCAUAUUUCAUUCACGAACUCGCAUUCUUCUUUCCAUUGAUUGUCCUGCCUUCGAACACCACGGCUGCCCAACUGAGACAAACAAAGCCAAUCCUCUUUCUCUCCGUGAUUGCUGCGACAUCCAUAUGCAUCGAUGCAGGCCUGGCAGCUGUGCUGAACCGCGAGAUGGUCCGCCUCUAUUCAGAGCGGUUCUUCAUUGAGGGCGAAAAAUCACUAGAAUUAGUGCAAGCGCUACUUCUUAUGAUCAUAUUUUAUUUCCCGCCCAUGUCGCCUUUGAAGCUGCAGUUUUAUCAGUACACGCACAUCGCUUCGACGAUGGCGCUAGAAAUUGGACUAGCAAAUAAACGCCGUGUCUCGAAAAAGUCUGAUCGCGAGAGCAGCAGACAUGAUGAGGUAUUGGCUGAGCAGGCGAGAGCAGUCCUCGCCUGCUACCAUCUCGGUUCGAGUGUCGCGAUGAAAACCCGUCGCCCAAAUCUGCUCCAGUUCAACGACUGGAUGACCGAGUGUCUCGUUCAAUUAAAAAUCUCGCCGCAUCGAACAGAUCAACAUGUGGCGACAUGGUUCGAGCUCCAACGAAUAACCGAUGAGGCAAUGUCCUCAUUCGGUCUGGACGACACUAGUACCGCAUCGCGCCUAACCGAGUCGCGGGUCCAAGCCGUACUACGCUGGUUCGACAAGCGGCUUGAAACGUGGAAGAAUAAUACCCCAUCAGAGAUGCUCACUGUCCCCAUAAUCCUCGAAUACCGUUACACAGCACUAGCGAUGUACGAACUUGGCGUAGGAGAAGGCUAUUGCGAUCCGACCGCACUAAAGCGACGAUAUUUCACGCUGCCGACCCUUGAUGAAGAAGACAACGUUGGCAGCGAUACACAGGACGGCCCUCUCAGCGCAAUCCGUAUCGAUAUCAAUAUCAAAUGGAUGAACGCCGCGCAUGAGCUAUUGGACACCGUGCUGACCUGCAGCACGGAGACGAUGCGUAAACUCCCAAAUAUCAUGUACACCCGGUUCGGGAUGGCCGUGACAUCCCUGCUGAAAAUUCACUUCUCUGUGCGAACCGGUGCUCUCGGGGAAGUCAUCACGGUGCAGGCCGUGAACGCGGCCUUUUAUCUCGAAGCCUUAGCCAACAAGCUAAGCGAGGCCAGUGCCGGGGGCAAGUACCAUAUCCCCAGUCGAUGGUACCAUAUCGUGGGCGUAAAGUGUCGGGAUUGGUAUGAGCAGCUGGAGCAGCGGCAGAGUGAAAGGAUAAAAGUCGGUUCUCGAAUCGUAUCCAGGAUUCCGUCGACCGGUACUACAGAAUCAAUCUCAGGUCCAACAUCGCACACCAGCCAUGGUCAAAGCCAAAACCAAGGUCACGACCUACACUUGGAUCAAGUCCCAUCAACGAUGGAAUCCUUCCCUGUCGUCACUAUGCCCCCAAUGCCGGCGGCAGCAGAUGGCAUGGGCGACGGAUACGUAGCGAUGGGUGGUUCCGGGAUGUGGGCCAUGGAUAGCGGGCAUAACCCGCAUUUCUACCCGACCAGCACGGCGGCGUACCAGCCUUCGGUGACGCAUGUGCAGAGGUCGCAUGACCAGGCGACGUUAUCGCCUCAGUUCUCGUACGAGCCGCAGAGGAUCCCGGUGAGUACUGCCGGGCAGCAUUUGGCGAGGGCGGGCAUGGAUUUGGAUGGGUGGCUUCCUGAUGGAAGCAUUUCUGGGGGGCAGCCUUUGCCUGAGUUUUGA